UUUUCGUUUGCUUCUCUCCACCUUCCACACUCUACUCUCAUUUCCCUUCUCUCUCACUCACUUUAAUACUAUCGGUUUUCAGCGAAUCCAUAGAUCGGAGACGCAGCGACCACUUCUCCGUCAACUAUCUCGAGUAACAGAUCAUGGCAGCGGCGGAUGCUCAAAGUCUUCUUCUUGGAGAAACUUCAUGUGGUUCUUUACUGCAACAGCUGCAGCAAAUUUGGGAUGAGGUUGGUGAAACUGAUGAAGAGCGAGAUAAUAUGCUUCUUCAGUUAGAACAAGAGUGCUUGGAUGUGUACAAGAGAAAGGUUGAUCAGGCUAUGACGUCAAGGGCUCACCUUCUGCAGACACUGGCAGAUGCCAAAGUUGAACUUGACAGACUUCAGUCAGCAUUUGGGGAGAAGACAUAUGCUGGAAUUCCUGAGAAGACUUCAGGAACAAUCAAGGAACAACUUGCUGCUAUAGCACCUGCACUAGAAAAAUUGUGGACUCAGAAGGAGGAGAAGAUACAAGAGUUCUUUGACGUACAAUCACAGAUACAGAAGAUAAGCAAUGAGAUUUCAGGCAAUAAUGAGCAGCUGGAGAGUCCAACAGUGGAUGAGUCUGAUUUGUCACUCAAAAAGUUAGAUGAGUUUCAUGCUCAGUUGCAAGAACUUCAAAAAGAAAAGAGUGAGAGGCUGCACAAGGUCCUUGAAUUUGUGAGCACAGUGCAUGAUCUUUGUGCUGUCCUUGGGAUGGAUUUCUUUUCUACCGUUACUGAAGUUCACCCAAGCUUGAAUGAUUCAACUGGUGUACAAUCAAAAAGCAUAAGCAAUGACACGUUAUCAAGGUUGGCAAAGACAGUCUUAGCUCUAAAGGAAGAUAAGAGGCAGAGAUUGCAUAAGCUACAAGAAUUAGCCACACAGCUAACUGACCUUUGGAAUUUGAUGGAUACCCCUGAAGACGAAAGGAGUUUGUUUGAUCAUGUCACUUGCAACAUAUCAGCUUCAGUGGAUGAUGUGAACAUUCCUGGUGCUCUUGCUCUAGAUGUGAUUGAGCAGGCUGAAGUGGAAGUUGAAAGACUUGAUCAGUUGAAAGCUAGCAAGAUGAAGGAGAUUGCUUUUAAAAGGCAGACUGAGCUCGAAGAAAUUUUUGCCCUUGCUCACAUUGAGAUUGAUACCGAAGCUGCUAGAGAAAAAAUCCUGUCACUAAUUGACUCUGGAAAUGUUGAGCCCACAGAGUUACUGGCUGACAUGGAUAAUCAGAUACUGAAAGCAAAAGAAGAGGCUCUGAGCAGAAAAGAUAUAUUGGAUAAAGUUGAGAAGUGGAUGUCUGCUUGUGAAGAAGAGAGCUGGCUCGAAGACUAUAAUCGGGAUGAUAACAGGUACAAUGCAAGCAGAGGUGCACACUUGAACUUAAAACGUGCUGAAAAAGCCCGGAUUUUGGUCAACAAAAUUCCAGCUCUUGUUGAGACCCUGAUCAAUAAAACUCGGGCAUGGGAACAAGAUCGUGACUCAACGUUCACCUAUGAUGGUGUUCCUCUGCUUGCUAUGCUAGAUGAGUACAUGAUGCUUAGGCACGACAGAGAAGAAGAGAAAAGAAGGUUGAGGGACCAGAAGAAGUUUCAUGAACAGAUAAACAAAGAGCAAGAUGGAAUGUUUGGUUCUACACCAAGCCCUGCUCGACAACUAGGCACAAAAAAGGUGGUGGGUCCCCGAACAAACGGGAGUGGCAAUGGAACCGCCAACAGGAGGUUGUCUCUUAAUUCCCAUCAAAAUGGUUCCAGGUCAACAUCUAAAGAUGGGAGGAGAGAGAGUGCAAGGGCCGCAGUUCCUUUGAACUAUGUUGCCAUAUCAAAAGAGGACUCAACCUCCCACAUUUCCAGCAACGAGCCUCUUCCAACUACUCCAUAGUCUUCGACGAGCAAGAGAGAUCUAUCUGCAUAUGUUUAUACCUUUGCAAUAUCAUCAGUAGCUUAGUUACUGUAGUAGAGAAUACGUAUUUGAACAAGGGACUUGGAAGUAUGUAGACAGUAAUUUGAGAUUAGAGACUUGUGUAGCUGUUUGUGGUGUAAUGAUAAUUGCUAUGGAGUCUUUAAAUAAGUGAGGGGUAAACUACAUACUACCCAUAGAUCUUGUGGUCUGAGAACUUACAGAUUAGCCCGUUAUGCUAACACGUUUCCCAUUCUGAUUUUA